UUAUCCCGUUACUCUACUGGAAGGGGAGACUGGCUUGCUCAGUCUGUUUUAGCUUUGAUAAAGGAGGGACAGAAAGGUGCAAGGAGCAAGUGAGCAAGGGGUGAGAGACAACUGGAACUGUUCUUGGUGUGUGUGGAGCAGGAAGCACUUCUAGGUUAGCAGGUUGCCAUGGCAUCGGGACCCAACAUGAUGGACCCCAUUUGUCUGGUGGAAAAUGACAAUGAGCUGCUGUCAGUGAACCAGGAAGCUCUACAGAUUCUUGAGAAGAUUUCUCAGCCAUUGGUGGUGGUGGCCAUUGUAGGAUUGUAUCGUACAGGCAAAUCCUACUUGAUGAACCGUCUUACAGGACAGAACCAUGGUUUCCCUCUGGGCUCUACAGUGCAGUCUAAAACAAAGGGCAUCUGGAUGUGGUGUGUGCCUCACCCUUCCAAGUCAGACCAUACCCUGGUCCUUCUGGACACAGAGGGCCUGGGCGAUGUGGAAAAGGGUGACCCUAAGAAUGACUCGUGGAUCUUUGCCCUGGCUGUGCUUCUGUGUAGCAGCUUUGUCUACAACAGCAUGAGCACCAUCAACCACCAGGCCUUGGAGCAACUGCAUUAUGUGACAGAGCUCACAGAACUCAUCAGGGCCAAGUCCUCUUCAAGACCUGGUGUAGUAGAAGAUUCCACAGAGUUUGUGAGUUUCUUUCCAGACUUUAUCUGGACUGUACGGGAUUUCACCCUGGAGCUGAUGUUAAACGGUCACCCUAUCACAGAAGAUGAGUACCUGGAGAACGCCUUGAAGCUGAUUCCAGGCAAGAAUCCCAAAGCCCAAACAUCAAAUCUACCCAGAGAGUGUAUCAGGCAUUUCUUUCCAACACGGAAAUGUUUUGUCUUUGACCGGCCAACAAAUAACAAAGAACUUCUAGCUGAUAUUGAGAAUGUGUCUGAAGGCCAACUGGAUCCUAAAUUCCUGGAACAAACAAACAAUUUCUGUUCUUACAUCUUCACCAAUGCAAAAGCCAAGACCCUCAGAGAGGGAAUCACAGUCACUGGGAACCGUCUGAGUACUCUGGUUGUGACCUAUGUGGAUACCAUCAAUACUGGAGCUGUACCUUGUUUGGAGAACGCAGUGACAACUCUGGCCCAGCUGGAGAACUCAGCGGCCGUGCAGAAGGCAGCCGACCACUACAGUGAGCAGAUGACUCAGCGACUGAGGCUCCCCACGGACACGCUCCAGGAGCUUCUGGAGGUGCACGCAUCCUGUGAGAGGGAAGCCAUUGCAAUCUUCAUGGAGCGUUCCUUCAAGGAUGAAAAUCAGGAAUUCCAGAAGAAUCUUGUGGAAAUCAUAAAGGAUAAGAAGGAGGGUUUCUUGCUGCAGAAUGAACAGGCAUCUGUCAAAUACUGCCAGGCUAAACUUCAUGAGCUUUCCAAGGCCCUAAUGGAAAAUAUUUCAGCAGGCACUUUUUCUGUUCCUGGAGGUCAUGAACUUUACAGGGAAGCAAAGGAAAUGCUUAAAAGGGACUAUUGCCAAGUGCCCAGGAAAGGAGUGAAGGCAAACGAAGUCCUCCAGAGCUUUCUGCUGUCACAGGUGGCAAUAGAGAAAUCCAUCCUGCAAGCAGAUAAAGCCCUCACUGAUGGGGAGAAGGCUAUAGUAGAGGAGCGGGCCAGGAGGGAGACAGCUGAGAGGGAACAGGAGCUGCUGACACAGAAACUGCAGGAACUGGAGCAGCAGAUGGAAGCACGACAGAGGAGUCUCCAGGAAAACAUAGCCCAGCUGACAGAGAAGCUGGCGAGGGGAAGAGAAAACCUACUGAGAGAGCAGAAUAUGAUGUUGGAGCAUAAGCUGAAGGUCCAGGAAGCUCUGCUUAAAGAAGGAUUUAGAAAGAAAUCUGAGGAGAUGAAUGCAGAGAUAAAUCAUUUGAAAAAUAUGAUUGAUAAUACUAAAGAUGAUGAUACUUCCUGGCUGGCACUAGCCUUGGACAAAUUUGGCAAAGAGAUCUCUUCACUAUUGUGCACUCCAGGCAAACUUCUUGGGCAUAUUGUGAGUGGUGUGAGCUCCCUAUUUAAAAAGAAGUAGCUCUCCUUUUAAAGAAAUUAUAGAUAUAUAAUAUAUGUACAUGCUCUGGCCUAUGUUUGGUGUGAAUGCUUUUCACUUUCAUUCAGCAAAUCUUUAAAUAUAAAAAGUGAUUACUAGAAAAUAUCAAUGCUUGGCCCACAUUAGAUAGAAUAAAUGCAUGGACACUUUGAUAUAGCAUGUUCACUUUUAGGAAAUAUAUGUGUGCAAAAUCAUAUAUAUGUAUAUAUACAUACAUACAUACAAGAGGCCCGUUGAGGCAUCCCUUUUAAUGGCAAAAGAUUGGAAACUACUUAAAUGUCCAUCUAUAUAAAUUGGUAAUAUACAUUUUCCAUGUACAUAUACUGGAAUACUAUGUAGCCAGUAAAUAAAUUGACAGUGGAGGUUUAUAUGUAUAAAUAUAGAACAACUUGAAGAUAUAUAGUAAAGUGAAAAAAAAUGAGGUACAAAACAGUUUGUAUAAUCUGUUCAUCAUAAAAAAUGCAAUUAUUAUGUGCACUCAUAUAUAUGUACACAUAGAACGCCUCUGGAAGAUUCAUUAGAAAGUGGUAUCAUUGGUUCCUUCUGGGGGGAACAGCUUGGCAUUAGUGAUGGAAGGGACACAUACUUUUCAUUAUAUCCUCUAUCUUUACAAUUUUGUAAAGAAAGCUUGUAUUAUCAUUUCUCAAAUAACAAAGAAAACAUAAAGUAUAAUACUAAAAAUGAUAAUAAAUGGAAUGUGAAAUUGACAAUUAGAUGAUAAAAUUGCUUAUUGCUUCUAGAAAUGACAUCAGUCUGUUCAAUGAGUUGGAUCAGAAUACUAGAAAGCAUAAAAUUUGCAUCCUAAUCUUGUUUUCACUUCGGCUUUGUUUUUAAUCCCUUAUAUUUCUUCAAAAAGAAGGUAUAAACUUUCCUGUUACCCCUUGAAAUCUCAGCUAGAGAAGACUUCACUUCCUCUCUUUGAGUUACACUUCUAAGGUAUUGGAAGAAAAUUACUAAACAUUAAGAAUAUGCACUGGUGAGAGGAAUCCCAUCGUUCUUGAAUAUUCGUUGAUGGACUUUCUGCUGCAGGCAAGGGCCAAAGACGUGAUGUAUCAUUGAAGAACUGGGUGCCCUGAUAGUACUGGGGAUUAUAGACCCUGAUGCAUGGAGGCCACCUGUUAGCAUUUAAACAUCAGAAGCCCAAGUACAUACCAUAGUGAUGAGAAUCAUGGUUUGUCUUAGCUGAGGCUGCUAUAAUAAAAUUACCGUAGACUGGGUGGCUAAGACAAGAAUGUUUAUUUUUCCCUGUUUCUGGAAGCUGUAAGUCCAAAAGCACGUGCCAGCACUGUUGUGUUGUUGGUAAGUGUCCUCUGGCAGCUUUACAGAUGGCAACUUUCUUACCGUGUCCUCACAUUUUUGGGAAAGGGAGGAGGCAGGGAGAGAACCUCACGAUUCUUUGUUAUAAGGGCACUAAUCAGAUUCAUGAAAUCCCCAUACUCAUUACCUAAUUUCCUCCCCAAAGGCCCACUUCCAAGUACAUUGGAACAUUGGAAGUUAGGGUUUCCUCAAAUGAGUUUUGGAGAACACAAGCAUUUAGUCUAUAACGUGGUUGGAGUGGCAGCCAGCCGGACCUGAGCAGAGAAAAUUCUGAAUAUGGCAAAUAGAACAGGGUGUCUGUAGAGUCAAAAGGGAGGGGAUGAAACAAUCAAAUGGAAUCAAGGAUGUUUACCAGGAGGCUGAGAGGUAGCCUCGAUAAAAAAGACACAGUCCAUAACCUUGAUCUAAACCAAUUUCAGAUCAUGAACCUAUCAUCUGGAGGAGAGGGCAGGAUCCCAAGAGAAAAGACUCUGCAACUCUAGAACAAGGUUAAAUGAUAAUGAUUUCCCCAGUCCCCCUCCUAGGGGACCUCUGGAAGUUCACUUGGUACCUGUGUGCUAGGAAAUGGGAAUGCCCACAUGUUUCCAUGACUCUUGGAAUCAGGAUCCAAGUUUGCAGUGAUACUCAGAUCCUGAGAAGACUUCACAGUCUCCCUGUUAAAGUAGAGGCACAUAGGAUCCUGGUAAUAAAUGCAGUCUUGGCUCAGGUGCCAUGCAACUAAUUUGGUCUAGUAUUUGUUUUCAAAUAAAAGUAAAGUUCAUCUGAGGACAGAAACCAUUACAUAUUUUUCUGUACAUCUUCACAGAGUAUGUUUAGGCACAGAGUGUACUACAUAAGAAUCUGCUGGAAAAACAAAAGACUGACACAUGUGUAACAUCAAUUGCCAGAUUUUUAUGAACACUCUAAGGGUCUUUGGUAAUAGAUAGUUUGGAUUUUACACACUAGAUUAAGGUCUCUAAGGUGACCCUUUAAUCCUUUAAGGUCUUAAAGGUUAGCAGAGCAAAAGAAACUUUUCUGGUGUAGUCUCCUCCUCAGUGACUUCAUGUAUCACAGUCUCUGUGCCUCUGCAAAGAUGUUAACACAUCUUCACUGGAGAUUUUAAAUGACUCUAUCCAGUUGUGGCUUCAAGUGUUCAGAAGGAAGAAUGGCUUUGACUUUUAAGGAAGAAACUAUAUAGUAAUGAAUAUGUGGCCAAUAAAUGGUAGGUUUUAAUGAAAAAGCAAACUGUUCUAUAGAAAUAUUGUAUAUCUGUUCUCAUUGAGAGCUUGAAUUAAGCAGAUGUUCUAAUCCCUUAGACUAGAGACACCCCGAAUUGAAGAACAAAAAGAAGUCUUGACUUUUUUCGAUUUGACAUAUAAGGGACAUCAUACAGUACUUGUCUUUCUCUGUCUGACUUACUUAGCAUAAUGGGCUCAAGGUCCAUCCAUGUUGUCGCAAAUGGCAGAACAUCCUCCUUCCCUGUGGCUGAAUAAUAUUCCAUUGUGUAUAUGUACCACUUCCUUUUUAUCCAUUCAUCUGUUGAUUAGUGUUUAGGUUGUUUUCAUAUCUUGUCUAUUGUG